GUGAUCUGUUAAGUGGGGCAAUUAGGUAUAGACAUAGUAAUAAUACUUGUGCCUCCAUCUUCUUCUCUCUUCUCACUUUACAUCUGCGAUUUCAAUGGCGGCUAUAACCCGCCUCCUUAAACGCACACCAUCCUUCUAUUCCUUCGCGCGUGGAUUCUCCUCCACGAACUCUCACGCUCCUUCCCGUGAAAAUAGGAAUAUUCAAUGGGUCUUCUUGGGCUGUCCUGGCGUCGGCAAAGGCACCUACGCUAGCCGUCUCUGUAACCUCCUCGGAGUUCCUCACAUCGCCACCGGUGAUCUCGUUCGCCACGAGCUCGCCUCUAAUGGCCCCCUUUCUUCACAGCUAUCAGAAAUUGUAAAUCAAGGUAAAUUAGUAUCGGAUGAAAUUAUUAUGAAUUUGUUGUCAAAGAGACUGGCCGAUGGAGAAGCCAAAGGCGAAUCUGGUUUUAUUCUUGAUGGUUUCCCUAGAACAAUAAAUCAAGCAGAAAUAUUGGAAGGGGUGGCCGACAUUGACUUAGUGGUCAAUCUGAAGCUCCAGGAAGAAGCACUGCUUGCAAAAUGCCUCGGCAGGAGAACUUGCAGUCAGUGUGGAGGAAAUUUUAAUGUUGCCUCCAUUAACAUCAAGGGUGAGAAUGGGUGCCCUGGAAUGAGUAUGGCUCCACUACUUCCUCCUCAGCAUUGUAUGUCUAAGCUCAUUACUCGUUCUGAUGAUACUGAACCAGUAGUCAAAGAAAGGCUUCGUAUAUACAAUGAAUUGAGUCAACCUGUGGAAGGGUUUUACCGUAGUAGAGGAAAACUAUUGGAGUUUGAGCUGCCUGGAGGAAUCCCAGAAUCUUGGCCAAAAUUGCUUCAAGCUCUUAAUCUAGAUGAUUAUGAAGAGAAGCAAUCUGCUGCAGCAUAAUAUUUAAAAGUGUACCAUACUAUUAACUAUUUCAUUCUUUGCAUGCAUAUACUGCAUGCUAUGCAAUUUUGCAGGAAAUAGAACCUACGGAGGUGUAUUUCUUGAAUAAUGAUAUCAGGAAGUGUCAUAAUCUGAUUAAACUUAUACCCUAUUUGGAUUUCCAUUUUAUUUAUUUAAGUUGUAUACUACAAUCUUUUUUUAGUUGUCGGGAACAUAGUUUCUGACUUGCAUUGCAUAGAUGUUUGUUUACUGUCUAGCAAUAAUUUUCUACAGGAUUGACACAUGAUUACUGCGUUGUAACUUAAAUUUGUUGAACUAAUAUUAUGUAUUAUUAAUCAAGGGUUUCACUGAAGGCUUUUACUGGUGUAA